UGCCGCAACUUUUUUCAAGGAGUGCCCGUAUACUUCCCGCAUACCCGAUACGUGUUCUUUGUCGUUCGAUCGGCCGCGUGACGCGCGCGAAUCCGCGACGCUAUCGCCGGCUGAUCAAUGAGGGGAGCAGGAAACCAUCAACGAGUCCUCUCGCUCGUUUUAUAUCCGCGAAGAACGAUUCCGUUGGUGGCGAUCUGUUAGUGAAUCACCGAGUGAAUUUUCCGUCGACGCGCAGUCGCGCGGCACCGCGAUCAAUGCGCGUCCUCGCACGAGGGUGCCCGUCGGCCGUAUAUUACACGAGGACCGGGAACAGAACAUGCGCGCGGGUGGACUCGUCCUGCGGUAAAAAGGAGAGAGAGACUCACGCGCGUGGAAACCUCUGACGUGGAAUGCCGAUGAUGCAAACGCACCCUCGCAUUUCUGCGUGGAGCGGGAUUCGAUGAAUUCGGCGAUCCUGCGAAACGUAAAGACCGAGGUAGAAAGCUGAACCAACGCCGCGCUGUGUUUGUGAUGUGACUACGGAAUGUUGCGACGAAACGGUUCUCGCGACGCUCCAAUUCCGCAAGAUGUAGAAAGCUAGUGCCAGGCAAAGGGUAUCAACCGCUUAAUUUUUGGUGGCUGAAACGCUCUAUUCUGAUUAGUAAAACUGCCUCUGUUAAAGUAUAAUUAUCAUUUCCCAUCCAAAUAUACUAGUGUUGUGGGACUUUAUCGACAAGAGUGCAGUUUCAGCUUACGUAACAGCCCGUCACAAUAAUGAUACGCACGAAGAUUUGAAGAUUUUUAUUCGGCAUAUCUUAUCAGGAUGUUAGAGAGAAGUCAAGAGUGAUCUUUCGCUUCUCUACAAAUGUUGAUAAGAUCGUUGAAGAGAAAUAUUAAGAAUCCACGACGACUGACUUAUAGACUCUAGACAGCUAGUUAUAAAUCAUCGUCGAGUCUUCUCCAAUCCGUUCAAACGAAUAUAAACAGCGAAUGUUUAUCUAGCGCACGCACCAGUUACGCUUUUGUCGCACGUAAGAUGAACAAGUGCACGUAGACAAUCGAUUGGUGUGCGAUCAACUCAAUCGGGGCAGGAUGCCGAAACCAGUUCCGGUGGAGAAUCUGGUGAUACCGCCGCAGGAUGGCCGCAUCUGCGGUACGAUCUGCAUCUGCCAGAUGACGAUGGUACUGUCCUCGGUCGCGCUGGUAUACCUGACGGUCGCGAUCUACAUGCCCAGCGGACGGGCGUUUCAAUCGGGCAUCAGCGAGGUGCCCGCGAUGUGCACGACGAUUCGGGCGGUGAACGCCGACAAUUGCGAUUGGGGCAGCUGCGGCGAGUGGUGCCUGUCCAAGACCUCCGGGCCUUGCGUGCAGAUCCACGUGAACCUACGCCGAAACGGGUCCACGAUCCUCCUAGCGAACUGCACGAACACGACGAACAAGACGUGCUACGGUAUCGAUCAGGAGAACGCGAAGAAAUCCAAGUGCAUCGCGGACGAGUGCCGCAAUCUGACCGGCACGUUCAACUGCUCCGCGGGCACCUGCAUCAACAUCACCGACGCCUUCGAGUGCAUGUUCCACGACACGGACCCGCCCCUCAAGUGUUCCGGCCGUCGCGGCAAGAUCACCUGCAUCGACAUCGACGGCCUGUUCAAUUGUAACCGCGGCACCUGCGAGCGCAUACGCACACCCUACAACUGCGACCGCAGAUGCGUCGACAUCCCGACCAGGAAUAAGAACAUGAUCCUCCUCAGUGGGGACAAGGUGUAUCUGAGCCAGUGUGAACGAGCUAUAGACGUAGAGACUAAUCGCGAGAUCUGGCACGAGGAUCGUGGAGACGUCAUGAUGGCCUCCUGCUACGGGAUCUUCAACUCCACGUUGGGCGUGGAGGCGGUGGACUGCAUCAACGGUUCCGUGCUGGAGAAAGAUCUGCUGAGCGAUCUGACGAAUUUCACGUACUUGUCCUAUCUGAAUAUAUUCGCCACGAAGCCGUUGGACAACGACAAUCUGGUCGCGCCGCCGGAGCAGAGCCUGAUCAUCGCCAACGAGAGCCGACUGUUGAUCAACCUCGAGGGAUGCGUCAACACCCUACGGGACGAGUGCAAAGAGUUCCUUCACGAGUACGGGAAGGACGGGUCCGAUCAUAACGCGCGUGCCAGAUUCCCGUGUUACUACGCCGAGGCUAACACGGGCGUCGUCGUGUCACGAUUCGAUCUAGAAACGACCUAUAAAGAGUUCUUGAUCGCGCUAUUGCUGCCGAGUAUUCUGUUUGUCAUCAGCUGUGUGACUCUGAUCUUCUGUCAGAGGACAGUCGUCGUCGGGGACGACGCUAAAAUGAGGUUCAAGGGCUCGCCCGGGGCGCUGGUCUCGAUAGAGAGAAGCGCGUCGGGCAACUUAGGGGAUGCUCGGAGGAGAUUCCGUUAUGGCGCUCUGAGAUCCGUCACGCAUUCCCCUCCUGGAGGAGUCCGGCUCGUCAGUCGAUAUUCUCCCUGCGCGGGUAUUACUGAGGUGUGGGGAGGGGGGGAACGCGUGAUAAAAAAAAUUCUCAUCUUGCAAUUCAGUAAAACAAAAAAAAAGCAACACGUACACAUUCCUGCAAAAGUAUUGAGAAAACGAAGCGAAAAAGGAAAGCGGUCAGACAACAAAGAGAUCAAGAAGAAUUUAUCUACUCGCACUGCCUGCACUAAAUAAUUGAAAGACCGCACACGCAUGCUUAUGUGACACGACGAGCAGGUGUUGUCACGAUAUCGAACGUAUAAUUCCGCACGAUUCUCUCGUUCUCGAGAAGGAAGUAACAGCUCAAGAGAAAAGAUUUACUCGAUUUUGGCGUUUUUUCACACGUGACAUUCGUAGCUCUUAAGAGGUUCCCCUUUUCUUGAUUGAUUUGCCGUGACCAAUAGCUAAAGUUUAACAGCCAAGAGGCGCGCCUUGCUGAUGGAUGAUCAACUCGAGACGAGCUCUCGAUAGCCUGCUUACUUAACGAUUCAACAAGCCAACGUAACCAGAAGUGCGAACGACGACGCGAGCAACCUAGCAAUAUCGACGGAGAAAAAGUCGGCCUACUCAAACUUGAAGACCUUCACCUCAAGAAGCUUCAUAUUCAAAGCUUAGAAUUUUCCAACUUAACGCAGUUCUAUAUCCAUUAGACCUACUUAAAUCUAAUGUCGAUUCUUGAAUAAUCGUAUUAUUUAAUUAACUUUAUCAUAUUAUAUCUUGUUCAAUUUCGCAAGUUUCUAAAUUAAUUAUUUGACUAUCUCAUCUUAUUAUAUCUUGUUCAAUAUUUCACAAGUUUUUAGAUUAAUUCUUAAAUAAAUCAAGUUGUAUUCAUCAAAA